AUGCGGUAUAUGCCAGUGAGCGCUGAAGAACUCAACUUGGAACCCGCGGUUUAUAUUCUGGAAGGGAGUGAGCUUAUGUCUCAGUUGAAUGAUCAGUUGGUCAUGCUACCUGAUUUGGAGGAUCUCUCUCCUGAAUGUGAUAUCGAGGCUGCUGACGUUGGAGAACCUGAUGAGAGCACGGAAGUUCAGGAGAAGCAGUUGAAGGCCAUCCUGAAAAGACGCCAGAAGAUCUUCUUUGGUGAUGGAAAUGCUGCCCCGCCUCCGGCGAGGGGCGCCAUCUGCGAUUUAGAUGUGGGGGAUGCCAAGCCAGUAGCACAACGACCCCGAUCGGUCGGUCCACAUUUGGCAAUCAAGAUAUACAAGUUAUUGAAGAAGCUUCUGGAAGCUACACCGAUUGAACAUCCUGAAUCGCCAUGGGCAUCCCCAAUUGUGAUCGUACUCAAGAAGAAUGGAGUGGAUAUUCGAAUGUGCAUCGACUAUCGAGUCGUGAACAGCUUCAUUCACUUGUCGAACUAUCCACUACCGUUGAUUGAUGAUCUCAUCACCGGUUUCGAAGGAAUGAUUUGGUUCAUGAGUCUUGAUAUGGCGAGUGGAUUCUGGGCACUCCGAAUGUCCGAGAGGGCCAAACUGAUCUCGGCAUUUACGUACCCAUUCGGGCAUUUCCAAUGGGUACGUAUGCCAUUCGGGUUGAAAAAUGUCCCACUAAUUUACCAACAGAUGAUCAACAAUUGCCUGUGGGGAUUUGUGCGGCUACCACCCGAAGAAGAAGCACUUGUGGAUCAGGAUGUGCUAGACUACUUGAAGUUGGACCCUCAGUCGCCUAGUGAUGAAAUUGAUGUGGAACGCAGCAUGACACCGCUAGUGGAACAAAUGACGGAUUUCAGACGUAACAUUCCCGCGCCAUCCCAAAUGGGGCCAGCCUUGGGGCGCAGUUCGUAUAUUGAUGACAUUGCGCAUGGGGCGGCCACGUUGGAUCAACUAUGCGGUGAUCUAGAUGCGUUGCUUUAUCGGUUACGAUAUUGGAGUAUCUCAUUUGCCCAAGAGCGAAUUCGGGAAGCGUGUCAUACCAUUUAUCUCUCUCAUGAGAUUGGUGCUGAAGGGAUACGUGCCACCCCUAAGAUCGUAAAAGGCAUUCAGGAGCUAGCAUUUCCGUCUACCCUGAAAGGAGUCCAGUCAUUUCUAGGCAGGCUGAAUUACUACCACAAAUUCAUUGAAGAUUAUGCCGUGGUAGCUGCCUCACUCUAUGAGUUGACAGAUGAUCAAGUGCGCGCAGGACGAGACUUGUCUCGAGCGAAGGAAUCCUUUGAGAUCCUGAAGAGGAAGAUCACAUCCGGACCGAAUGAAACUUUUCGUGAUCAUGCCUCAUGCGAAUCAUUGGCAGCUUGCGCAGUUCUGGGACAGAUGCAUGACAGACUUGUUCAGCCUUUUCGAUUCACGGGGCGCGUCCUGAAUGACGCCGAGCUUAAGUAUCAUUUCGCUGAGAAAGAAGUUCUCGCUGUGAUGCGAGUUUUCCAUGUGUUCAAGAACCUGAUCGAAGGAUUCAUCAACUCUAAGACCACUGAAGGUCGUUUGGUGCCAUGGGGAGUCGCUCUCUCGCAGUACGACUUGGAAAUCCGGAAGGUAUGUCGAGAUGAGGAUGGCCUAGCCGCCAUUAUGGGUGCAAGUAUCACUCCCAGGGAGCACUUGGACAAAGUCGCCGAAGUACUCAUUCCAGCCAAGGGGCGCGUAAAACCGCCUCCAGUCUGUCGAAAUGCUCUCAGAAGAGUCCUGAGUUUCGAUGGUGCGGCCAAAACUUCCACGAGGACGGGCAGUUGCGGAUGCAUUCUGUGGCAUCUACCUGACUGGAAAGUUGUGGAUGCUCGAGGAUACAUCCUGGAUGGAGUCACCGUCAACGACGCGGAAUAUUUCGGAUUGCUUAAAGGACUUGCAAUGGCUUUGGAAAGAGGGAUUCAAGAUAUAGUUGUUGUGGGUGACUCGAGAAUUGUGAUUCAACAAGUCCAAGGCCUGAUUAAUUGCAACCAGCCUAAUCUCCAAAGAAGGCUAGCUGAAUGUGAAACUCUGGAGAAGCGUUUCCAGACGGUCCGAUUGGUACACAUGAAGCGCGAGUUCAACGAGGACGCUGAUUACCUGACUUCGAAGACUCUUGUCCAAGGUGAAUCGUGGACUGUUCAGGAUGACCUCGAGAAACGACACCUGGAAGUAAUUCGCGAGCAGUUGGUGAAGCCGUCGGAAGGCACUAACACUCGAAUUCACUGUGGAGAGCCCAUAAACGACUCUGGUAAAGAAGAUGGCGUUUCAGGAACGAGACAUGGUCCUGGCCCUGAAUGUGCACCUCUAUCUUCUGCCGCCCGAGUCAUGGCUGUACUCACGAGAUCGCGGGCUCAAGAAGUUGAUGACGACGAAGUUCCGCCCAUUGGACCACUAGAAUUCCAGGCCGAACGUUGGAGACGGAUCAAGGUUCAUCAAGAGAGUGAUGAGUGUCUAGCAGAGAUCAGGGCGUUCCUAAAUGACGACCUGGACAGGUUCUCAUCCGCACGUCUGAAGAAGAUCGGUAAGGUCGCAGACUUGUUCGUCCUGGAUGAUCGAGGAAUAAUCUGGACUGGUAGUCUCGAGCUCACUUCGGGAAGACAUGUUGCACCAAUGCGCAUGAAGAUUUUCAAGGCGGACAUCAAGGGAUCACCCGGACUCAUGAAAAGCUACGUACUGAAUUCUACUGGCCCGGCAAUUAUGUGGACGUCCAACGUUUUUGGAAAAGGAGCUCACCCGAAUGCUGGACCUUCGUCAGGGAAUAUUGAACCACAGUACCCAUUUGAGGCGGUUUCUAUGGAUUUCGUCGUGAUUGCGACAUUCGACGUGCGGCAGAAGAUCACAGCCGCCAAGAUCAAGUUCUUCGGGUUACAACGUCAGAUUGAAGACUAUUGCUCAAUCAAUCGGCGACUUGAGGACCGGCUCCGGGGUGGAACAUUCAAGGUUAGUCGCGUGAUGAACUUCCUAAACCGCCACAACGCUUGGAUCAAUGCGGCUGAUGAAUUCGACGCCGACCCGGGCGCUUACAAGUACGAAGUGGAGAGUCACGAUGAGGAAUCUAAGGUUCCUGAGGUACCCAAGCCCCAGAUCACCCUGAAGGUUUCCACGGUGGACCUCACGGAACCAUCCUCUACUGAGUCUACCCCAGUUAAGAUUCAACGGAAGUUGUUCGGUGGGUCUAAGCCCAAGGCUCUCACGGAUUUCCAGCUUCGGUUCAGUACUUACACCGCGAGCACGACUGACACCCUGGAUCCCACGACGGCCAAAUAG